UAUGGAAAACUAGACUGCAAGGGAAAUCCUGGUUGAGGAACAGUUAAUGGUCAAGGACCAUGUGACUCUUGCACAGAGAGCCCUGGAUUUGCAAUGGACACUGGAGAAUUAAAAGAACACAGCAUCCUUGGGUGGUGAAAGGAAGUGAGGUGGUGUUAAUUCCAAAGUGUCAUUUCUGAAAAUUCAGAAUCACAUGGUACUCAAGAUAUUUCCAUGUAAGUGUGGCCAAGGAAGUCAAAACUUUCAGAGUUCCUCUAAAUGAAAAGAAUACUAGAGAAGCCACUGGAAUGCCCCCAGAAGACAAUGAGAAGAAAGACAAGAAUCUUCAAACAUAAUAUGUUUAAAGACAGUAAUGCACCCAGAGAAGGAAGUGACCAAGAAUGUGAGAAAGAUGAUAGUCCGUGCUAUGUCCCUUCAACAAAUGAGGUCACUCAGGAUGAAAGAAGACAGUAUGUAUGUGCUGAGUGUGGGAAAGCCUUCAGUCAGAGUGCCAACCUUACUGUGCACGAGCGAAUCCACACAGGGGAGAAGCCCUAUAAGUGUAAGGAAUGUGGGAAAGCCUUCAGUCAUAGUUCCAACCUUGUGGUUCAUCGGAGAAUCCACACAGGACUGAAGCCCUACACAUGUAGUGAGUGUGGGAAAUCCUUUAGUGGUAAGUCACACCUGAUUCGGCACCAGGGAAUCCAUAGUGGAGAGAAAACAUAUGCUUGUAAGGAGUGUGGGAAAGCCUUUAGUCGAAGCUCAGGACUUAUUUCUCAUCAUAGAGUUCACACUGGGGAGAAGCCAUACACUUGUGCUGAGUGUGGGAAAGCCUUUAGCCGAAGUUCAAACCUCACUCAACAUCAGAGAAUGCACAAAGGAAAAAGGAUUUAUACAUGUAAAGAGUGUGGUAAAACAUGUGGUUCUAACACAAAGAUUAUGGACCAUCAAAGAAUUCACACGGGAGAGAAGCCCUAUGAAUGUGAUGAAUGUGGGAAAGCUUUCAUCUUAAAGAAGACUCUUAAUGAACACCAGAGACUGCAUCGUAGAGAGAAGCCUUACAAAUGUAAUGAGUGUGGCAAAGCUUUUACUUCUAAUCGAAACCUUAUUGACCACCAAAGAGUUCACACAGGAGAGAAACCUUAUAAAUGUAAUGAAUGUGGGAAAACCUUCAGGCAGACAUCUCAAGUUAUUCUACAUCUCAGAACCCACACCAAGGAGAAACCUUAUAAAUGUAAUGAAUGUGGGAAAGCCUAUCGAUACAGCUCACAGCUUAUUCAACACCAGAGAAAACACAAUGAAGAGAAAGAAACCUCAUAAGUAACAGAUAUUGCUGGUAUAAGGCUAACUGCUGGUUUUCUGAAAGCAGAUUUUAGUGCCAUUAAGCUUAAUUCUACUUCUAGGAAUCCAUACAGGGAAAAUAAGUAGUAGAUAAAGUCUAACAAAAAGAGCAUCCCUGCCCACAGUAUAACAAAGCAAAAACACCUAGAUUUUCAGCAGUACAGGGUUAAGUGGAUGAGAGUCAAUAUAUAUGAUGUUUUAUCCACUCAGUGCUUUUAGAGAAGAACACCAUGGUGAAGAUGUUUUACAGAAAAUUGAAGAAAUGGAGAAACACACAAAUAAAAACCAAGUAAAAUAUCUGUGCAUAGGAAAACUGGAAGGAAGAAACCAAAAUGUUAGCAAUGCUUAUCUCUGCAUGAUAGAAUUGUAGAUGAUUUCUAUUUUCUUCUGUAUGCUUUUCUAUGCUUUCUAGAUUUUCUGCAAUAAGAGUUUACUAUUUUGUAUGUAAAAAAGGCUUAUUUUAAAUGCAGUGAUUACCAGCUUAUUUUCACUGAGCAGUGUAAGGAAAGGAACUUAGUCUUGUUAAUUACAUCCUCAUCUCAAGACAAUACUUAAUGAUAGUAGAAUUAGGAGUAAAUUGGUUCCUUUUAGAUGCUUCCUUUUAGGAUCAUCACUGCCAAUCCUUUGUCUUUUAUAGUUAGUAGAUAAAUUGACUAGAGUUGUUAAGACAGUAGGUAGUCAUAGUUAAAAGAACACAGCAGAGGGCUGGAGAGAUGGCUUACAGAUAAGGUGCUUGCCUGCAAAGCC